AUGGAGGAUUUCUACUCAGCUAUGAAUGAUUGUGGCUUGAGAGACCUGGGGUACAAAGGUGACAGAUUCACUUGGAGCAACAACAGAGAAGGGGCUCAAUUCACAAAGAAGGGGCUGGAUAGAGCUUUGGGCAACUCCAUAUGGUUGGAUCAAUGGAAGUCACAUGCAGUAGAGGUAGUGCUAGUACACACCUCUGAUCAUAAACCCAUUCUGAUUUUCAUGGAUGUUAAGGACUUUGAGGUGCCAGGGAGAGCAAGGCCAUUCAGGUAUGAGGCCAAGUGGGCUAAUAGAGAGGAUUGCAAAAAGGUGGUGGAGGAUGCUUGGAAGGCAACUAUGCUAUUCCCCAACAAAUUGGCCAAAACAAUGGACUCUUUACACAGCUGCAAGUUGAAACUGGUGGAAUGGAGUAGGGUCACUGAUUUAAACCCUGACCCAAAACAAUGGACCCUUUAG